CAGCCAGCCCUGGAGGGACCAUCUGGUGAGCAGAGGGAGCAGGCAGCCUGCAGACUCCAGACACCUCCACCAUGACCACAGCAGGGCUCCUGGUGCUGCUCUCUGCACUUUGCUGCGUCCCAGAUACUGCCUUUGGGAUUGAGGUGGACUGCAGCACAUACCCCAACACCACAAACGAGGAGGGCAGAGAGGUGCUGGUCUGCAGCGAGGCUGUCAGCCCCAUCUGCGGUUCUGAUGGUGUCACCUACGGCAAUGAGUGCCUGCUCUGUGCCUACAACGUAGAAUAUGGAACCAAUGUCAGCAAAGACCACGAUGGAGAAUGCAAGGAAGUUGCCCCUGUGGAUUGCAGCAGGUACCCCAACACGACCAGUGAGGAGGGCAAAGCGGUGGUGCUGUGCAGCAAAGACGUCAGCCCCGUCUGCGGGACCGACUGGGUCACCUACGACAACGAGUGCCUGCUCUGCGCCCGGAACCUAGAAUAUGGAACCAAUGUCAGCAAAGACCACGAUGGAGAAUGCAAGGAAGUUGCCCCUGUGGAUUGCAGCAGGUACCCCAACACGACCAGUGAGGAGGGCAAAGCGGUGGUGCUGUGCAGCAAAGACGUCAGCCCCGUCUGCGGGACCGACUGGGUCACCUACGACAACGAGUGCCUGCUCUGCGCCCGGAACCUAGAGGCUGGAACCAGUGUUGGCAAGAAGACUGACGGUGAAUGUAAGAAGGAAAUUGUCACAGUUGACUGCAGUGACUACCCCAAACCUGUCUGCUCACUUGACUACAUGCCCCUCUGUGGCUCUGACAACACAACAUACAACAAUAAGUGUAACUUCUGCAAUGCAGUCGUGGACAGCAAUGGAACUAUCACUUUAAGCCAUUUUGGAAAAUGCUGAGUAUCAGUGCCAAGAGAAUUCACCACAGAUCCCCACUGGCAAAUCCCAGUUAAAGACCUCACCUCAGUUCAUCUCACCCUCUGGGGAACUCAGCUCACUCCUGAUUUUCUUUCUCAAUAAACUAAAUCAGCAACA